UGAAGCUACGCUCCAGCGCGUGAAACUCUUUCUGCGGAUUAGGCGAAACUGAAACUCUUUCGUCUUCUUCGUACUUCACUCCUUCCUUCACUCCCUUCUCUCUAUCUCUUUCUUUCUCUCUCCCUCUCUCUACUUUCAGGGUUUAGUUGAAAUACCCAGUAUGAAUGCAGUAACGCUCUCUAAUACAUUACAGCUAAACUAUCCCAUUUUCAAAACCCAGUUUCAGUUUCCAUCAAGACCCAGUUUUUCGAAACCCUCCUCGACCCGCCGGAGAAGCUUCAGACGCUUGAUUCGACGGUCGUCUAUGGUGGUUGAGACGGGUGUGGAAGAUUCAAGCCGAACUGUCUCUGAGGAAGACGACGAACCGGAAAUCCCUUCGUCCCCAGCUGAGUCUGUAGCUCGACGCCUUAUUCUCCUUCGCCACGCCAAGAGUUCAUGGCGUGACCGUUCGCUACGAGAUCAUGAUCGGCCUCUGAGUAAAACAGGGAAAUCUGAUGCUAUCAACGUAGCUCAUAAGCUUCAAGAAUUGGGUUGGGUUCCUCAACUUAUUUUGUCUAGUAAUGCAUUGAGAACUAGGGAGACGCUUAAGAUUAUGCAGGAAGAAGUUGAAGGGUUCUUGGAAGCCCAAGUACGAUAUGUUUCAAGCUUUUAUUCAGUUGCAGCCAUGGAUGGACAGACUGCUGAGCACCUUCAACAAGUUAUCUGUAGAUAUUCAAGUGAUGAAAUACUUACUGUUAUGUGCAUGGGACAUAAUAAGGGUUGGGAAGAGGCGGCCUCAAUGUUCACUGGUGCCUCCAUAGAACUAAAGACAUGCAAUGCUGCUUUGCUUGAAACCACUGGGAAAUCUUGGACUGAGGCAUUUGCUUUGGCAGGGCUUGGUGGGUGGAAGUUGCAGGGCAUAGUAAAACCAAGUAGCUAGUAGUCCUUGAAAUAACUAUAUAAAUUUUUAGUACUAACACCAUAACCAAAAAUCUUGCCCCUUGACACAUCUCUAGCACUCGGAAGUUCAGAUCAAUGCUUUGCAUCCUUAAUAAUUCUUCUUGCUGAUAAUUCCCCUCCCGGAGAGUUCUGAAAAUGACAAGCAUCUACACUUGACUAGCAAUUUGCACAGACGGGCGCCAGUACAUUGUUGUCGAAAUUUAUUCGAACACGCCAGAGAGUCUUUUGUAUUGCUGUUGGUGAAUUUUUCCUUCUGGAAAUCUCAAUUAAAACUUGGCAAGGCUGAUAGUAGAAAUACAAGAGCUGGAACUGUGUGCUCGUUCUUUGGUCUAUUUUGGCCGUUGUAAAAAGUACACAAGAUAGCCAACUGUAAAAGAUACUAAGUCAUCAUUGAGAAUUUUAUCAUCUUAAUUCAAUUUUAUUAUUGUUAUAAUUGUCUGCUAA